AUGUCACGAGACCCUUAUGAGACUCUAGUAAGCUGCGCAUCUGGACCCUCUGAUGCCACUCCAUCUCCGCUUCCCGGGCGCCUUGCCUGUCCAGCCUUUGUUACCAACUCGUCUGCUCGACCGAUGCGUAGUAUACACACUGCAAGUCUUACGAGCCUCAACUCGCUGCACGAUACUCUCUUUUCGCCUCUCAUUGGCGCGGGAAUGAUUGAUCAAAAUGCUAUGCUGUCGCCAUGGUGCCAGGUUGACGAGGGCGCCUGGUGGAUGACGCUACCAGGCUAUAGAAUUUCCACUCAACAAGAGGCAGAAAUGCAGGUGAUCCCUCUACUAUUUGUCUUGCCUAGUUUUCAUCACUUGCACAUCUAA